UAUUGAAUGCCGUGUGUGAGUAACAUUAAUACGUUAUCAUAAAUAUUCAAGUUAUUUAGUUUGUAACUGUUAAAUUUUUAAAAAUUGCUAUGGAUUUUAACGAUGAUCCUUUUGAUUUUGCAUCACAAUUUCGAAAGUUACAAACAGAACAUAAUAAGAAAAAAGUCUUGUCAACUAUUGAUUCUAAUAUAAGUAAAAAAGACUCAUCUAGUAUUUUACCAGUAAAGAAACCAGUACCUCAGAUUAUUCUUGAUGAUCAAGAAUUAGUGCCAAGUGCAAGUAUUAAUGACCCUGAAUGUCCAGAUAUUCAAUAUAAUAAAGUUCAACUAAGAAACAAGAGAAAAAAUGAUUCUCAAUCCAGCCAAAAGAUUAAUGGACCCAUUAUAUGCAUUGGCGACUUUGAUGAUGGUUAUAAUAUACCUUCACCAAAAAUGCCCAGAGUAAUCACCCUCGAUGAAGAAAACAUUGUAGUUGAUGAGAAAAAUUUUCAAGAUAGUGAAGAUUCUUUUGAUGUUAUCAAUCGAAUCGUAAAUGUUAAAGUAUUUUGGCGUAAAAUACGUACCUACCGAUUUCCUAUAAGAAUGUUUCAGUCUUUUGAAAGUAUAUACCAACAUUUUGCGGAAUUAGAAAAUAUUAACAAAUCUCAUGUAUAUUUAGAAUUAAAUAAGAAACCAGUGUCAUCAAGUGAUACACCUAAUUCAAUUAAUUACAAAAUAACAGAUUUUAUUGAUGGUGAAAUAGAAUUUUAUAAAAGCUUGGAUGAGAGAUCUACUAUUAAAUAUAAUGAAGAACUAUCAGAAAAUGAAGUACAAUUUAGAGUUAUGCAGAAAGAUGUAAAACAUCCGAUAUUUUUAAGUAUGAAAAAGGUUGAAACGAUGGUUAUAUUAUAUAUUAAACUAUCUGAAAAGCUAGGCCUAGAUAUGGAUUCAUUCACAUUAGAAUUUGAUGGCGAAAAGAUUAAAAAAACUGAUACUAUGGAUAGUUUAGAACUUGAUGGUGGUGAGUGUUUUGAACUUUAUAAAAAAAACUGAAAAUACUAAAAUAUUACUAUUAAAAAUUAAAAGUAUAUAAUUUAUUUUAAUUAUUUAACAACUAUUAUGUAAAAAAAUGUAUGAGCUCUUAAUAAUUAAAAAUUUAUUAAUAUUUAAGUGUUUUGUUUUUUAUCUUUAUAAUUUAAAAAAAAAAAAUAGAGCAUUUUUUUUAUGUUAAAAUCUAAAACAUAUUUUAACCUUUAAUUAAAUAUAAC